AUGGAUGAAAACCAGGACCACGACGACGGUGCCACCGGUCAGACUGAUCCCCAGUCUUCGACUUACGCGAACCCCUUCCAGACCCCAACCCAACCUAGCAUACCAGCCUGGAUGCUCGCGAGGAACAACUCGGUACACGCGCCUAUCUUUGGACAGCCAUCAUCUCAGACGAGCCGCAAGUUGCCCGUCUCGUCCACACCCAACUUCAAAGCCACAACCAGCCAGUCUCCUUUCACGCGCCUCCAAGCUCGCGGCGUGGGUAGUGACCCAAAGGUCCUUUCGCCACCGCCUCGCCCUCGGCCAUCGAUCGACCUGGACAAGCUCGACGAUGACCAAGCUCUUGAGCUGCUGCUGAUGAAGAACGAAACCGUCGCCAGACUGUUCCAGAAUGCUUGCAUCACUCGCGUCGAGGAGCACAAACAGAAGCUGGAGCACGCGUACAAUCAGCGCUUGCUGGAGCUGGAGGAAUACACUCGAAGCUGGCGGGAUGCCACCAAGGAAAUCUGGACCGCCGUCAGAAACGGAAAAUUUGAAAUCGACCAAGAUCAGCAAGAGAUUUUGCAUUGGCCUGGUCCACAGGAGACUGGACGUGGUUUCAAUCCAGAGUUUCACAUGGUGCCCCGAGAGGUGCCCCGAGACGCACUCAAAGAGGAGUCUGAUUCGGGUGCAAGAGCAAUGUGCGUCGAUGUCAAGCUCUCGGAGCUUGCUCGCUCGGAAUCACAAGUCAAAUGCCAAGAAUGGAUUCACGACAAAAGGGGUCUUGAUUCCAGAUUCCGGCCCUUACGCAUGGAUUUCCAAAAAGUUGCAAAAGUGCACACGCGCGAACAGCUCAUAUUCAGGACGACGGACGAGCACGGUGACCCUGAGUACCGCCCGCUUAUGGCAAUUCAUACAAUCUUGACUAAUUUCGCGCACAAGCAUUGUAUUUUCAUUGAGUUGUCCCCAGAAAAUGUUACGAUCCUUGGGAAAGCGUUCUGCUACCUCAAAGAUAGGAGGGAUCAUUGCUUUCUGCAGGUCAUUCCCACUACCGACCUCGGGAUUGGACCCGGGAACGCAGAGCGUUUCUACAAAUAUUUCUCGGCCAAGCCUGCAGAAACGCAAAUCUCUCAGUUGAUCAUCUCGAAGAAGCAGGGGAAGGGGCAGGCUGCUCUUCAAAGACAUGUUUCUCAGAUUCACCAAGUUCGACGCAACUUGUUGAUCGGGCGACCCUGCUUCGACAAGGGCGGCAGAAUCUAUGCCGCUGACUUCUUUGAUGUAGGAAGUGAUAUGCGCACAACUAGUCUGGGUGGUAAAAAAGAUAUCAUUCUGUUUGAAGACAGGACCACACUCGACCAAAUUGCCCAAUUGCUUCGUUUCAGCUUCACAGUUGCGUUACUGUUCCAGCGGACACUUGCCCUUAGUCAUGGACUGAAGCACCUGGAGGAAGGCUUUCGCCGAAUUUCCCCUCCAUCUCAGACUCAGCGUGAUUGGCUGGCAAUGGGAGGAGAGCCCGGAGAAGUGCGCUCUCUCUCGCCUGCAAUGGAACGUGAUACACCUGUAAUCAGUCGACAUCUAGCACUUCGUAUGGAGGCAAGUGUACUGCCCGUGGAGCUCAGCAAGCAAGAGAUCAUUGACAUCCACUCGGAUGGUAGCGAAGGCAGUGAUCUAAUUAUGCUUGACGGGCAUCCGAAGAGUGUUGCUUUUGGCCGCCGAGAGAAACAUGACCUGCCUGAAGUCAAUCACGAGGAUCGUUUAUGUUUAGCGAAGAGACCGAAGCUUUUAGCUCCUGAGCCUUCCACUAGGGUUGGCGGGCAGCUAUCCCACAAUACCUCGGAUAACUUGGCACUUGACGGCUCGUCUGAUGCUCAACUGGGACCCUCCACGAGGGCCAGAGAGAUUACUCGGAAACACCUUGGCAGACUCAGGUCUGGUCUAAAGCAACUUCAGGACACCUUAGAAUCCGCAAAGCACCAUGCUGAUGUGAAGGAUCUGGAGGCGAAGAUCACGCACCAAAAGGCCCAAAUCAGCCGUUUUGAGCGUAAAUUGGAUGCCCAGCUGCUGAAGAACGACGAGGAAACAAAUACUACCGAUCGAGAAAAGCAUCUGGUCUCGCCAUCUACAAUCAUCGCGGCUGAGUCGCCACCCUCGAGCAAGCGAGUUUCUGUUGCCGCUUUUGGCCCACUCCCGCCGCCCAGUGCAUUUACCGCCAGGGAACUUCACCAGCUUCGGAAACAGCUCGAAAAAAUUGAGAAGCAUCUCCAGGACAGUGACGGUCGACUCGAAGAGAGCACUGUCGGAGGCCAGAUCGAGAAGAUUGAAAAGUUGCGAAACAAGGUGCGGCGAUUCGAAAAUAUCCUCGAAGCCCAGCAUCAGAUCGAGGCACAGCAACAAGACGGCCAUUACCAGAGCCACGAAGCACUCGCAGUAUCGUUUGGUGUCUCUAGCCAGGACGCACCUUCUUUGGAAAGCUCCAAGCCGCUUUUUACGGAAUCAAAGGACUCCCCGGACACCACAAUGACAUUGAAGCGACCGAGCGGAAGUGCAGCGCUGGAGGGAAAGGGAAAGCUCAAGGCCGAGGAACAGAUGAAGACCAAUACUGCCAAGCCUAAUGAGAAGCCAAUCGAGAAUGAGGAUGAGUACAUGGAUAGGAUGAUUAAGGAAAUGGAAGCGGAAGACAGACGCCGGGAAGAGGAGCAGCUAAGGAUUAUGGUCAAGAAGCAGGCCAAGAAGCAGGUCAAGAAACAGACAAAUACCGAUGCUGUGAAGGCUGAUGAGAAGCCAAUCGAGACUGAGGAUGAGUACAUGGAAAGGAUGAUCAGAGAAAUGGAAGAGGAGGACAGACGCCGUGAAGUUGAGCAGGCAAAGCCCAAGGCCAGAAAGCAAGCCGAAAAUGAGGCCACGAAAGCGACGGCCGAAGCACAACGUCUCACGGACGCUGCCGUAAACGACGCCAAGCUGGGAGAGCAGAUGGAACGCCCCGAAGUGGAAAAGGAGAAGGCUCGUGAAACGGAGCGCCUGGAUGACGUUCAAUCUCUUCGAUCAGCCGACGAGAGUGGUGCCUUCGAAGCUUCGGGAGCGCUCAAGCAGGUUUCUUGCCAAGUUCCCACUGAACCGAAAGCGCUCCGCAGGGUGCCCACAGAGCCGAAGGCUACGAGUAUGGCGACACCUCAUCUACAGAAGUCUAGUCAGAAGUGGCACAAUGGUCCUCAUGCUGUUUCAGUCGGCCCUCAACAACAGACCUUGCAAAACGAACCAUGGUUCAAUGCCAGGCCCGCAAACUCUCCUUCGUGGUCAACCACGGCCAACGCAUCAGACGGUUCCAUUCAUAGUGACAGCGCUGUUCUUCAGGCUGAUGACGACUUCCAACAGCCUCUUCGCGCUGUGGCAAGCUCACCACCGCCAAUUCGUCAUGAUGACCCCUUUGAAACGAUCGAUUGGCGUCACAUAGUUGGUAUUGACCAGCCUCUUGGACCAAGCGGCUCUGCAGCGGAUUCAGUGAUUGUGAGUCCUGAUCGUGUAGCUGAGCCGAAUAUCAUUUUCAGUGAUUCUAGCUUUGAUCUGCAUGCUUACCCGCAAAAGGUCACUCAAUCUGCCCACUCAGCUCAUGGCAAUGCUGGUAUGGAGGAGGAGAAAUAA